AUGGGAAGCACAGAACAAAAGAUUGUGGAAAUCAAUGAGGAAAACAAAAUUGAGGAAAUUAAAGAUGAAACAGUAAAAGAAAGUAUAGUGAGUGAAAGUAGUGGUGGCAGUUCAAAACAGAUCGUUGAGGAAUCUACGGAUAAAAAAAAAACUGCUACAGUUGAAUCGGAGGAUGAUUCCGACGAAGAUAUCCCAGAAUUAGAGGAGGAGGCCAUGGUUCCUUCUGGUAUCACCCCAGCUGAUAUUUCCAAAAUUCAGAGUCGUGGAGAAAAGAAGGCUCGUAAGGCAAUGCUGAAAUUAGGGUUAAAAGUUGUACCAGGAAUUAAUCGUAUUCUCUUUGUUGUUUCUAACCCUGAUGUCUAUAAAUCUGCCAAUUCUGAUUGUUACAUUGUGUUUGGUGAAGCCAAAAUUGAGGAUCUAAAUUCUCAAGCUCAAGCUAAUGCCGCUCAACAAUUCCAAGCUGCAGAAGCUGCGGCUACUGCUCAAGAAGUCACCAAGGUAGACGAAGAAACUGUUGAGGAAGACGAAGAUGAUUUGAAUGUGGACGAAUCUAAUGUUGAGGCUAAGGAUAUUGAAUUGGUUAUGAGUCAAGCGAAUGUGUCUCGACCUAAGGCCGUAAAGGCAUUGAAGAAUAAUAGUAACGAUAUCGUUAAUGCUAUUAUGGAAUUGACUUGUUGA